AUGCUAUCCACUAGAGCCUCAUCCGAUGCUCAUCCCUGGCUAGACAAUACCUUGUGGAUAACUUCUGCAGUAGCCGGUUUUGUCUCGAUCGCACUGGCGCUCUCGGUGCUUUUAGACCCUGAAUUUGCCGAAUCCGGUGUCUCCAUCUUCCACUUCAAUUUCUCAGGUGUCCUCGCUACCCAGCUUCGCUAUGAGCGAGGGCUGGAGCUACUGUCUAUCCCGGAGGCUUCUUCUGAUGACGUCCCGCCGAUAAUCGCCACCGCUGUGGAAGGUGCUACGUCUGAUAUUCAAGCUGCACAGACUGUUAUCAGCUCCGCUCUACAGGCGGUCGCAACAGAUGCUACGACAGCCGUACAGUCAGGCCUGAGUACGGCGAUACCGCAGAAUAUGUCUAUCGGACUCCGCAAAGUCUGUUUCGGGUGGCAAAACAACUCGACCCGAGACUGUCGCGGUCUACCUUUCAAUAUCUCGUCCGUGGUGCCCAGCACUUUGUCAGGAAUUCUGAGUGUUCCCAUACGACAGCUUCAACAGAUCGAGAAUAGAGUGGUAUCUGCAAUCCUAGAAACAGUCCGGGGCGCGCUUAUUGCAGGAAUCAUUCUGCUCCUCUUGUUCUUUCUCUUACUCCUCUUCUGGGAGUUUCCGAACAACAUGUGGCGGCGGGCUUUGAUGACUCCCUUAGGAUUCAUAUGCUUGGUGGUUCCAUCCUUGAUCUCAACAGCAGUAUUUUUUACGGUACAAUCUGAUAUCCGGCACACGAUUGACGAUGGAUCCUUGAUAUCCGUGCAGGAUGGUGGUGCUAGCAACCUCAUCUUGGUUGGGUUCAUUUUCUCGAUCCUGAUGUUUGGCGCGACAGUAGGCAUCACCUUAGUCUAA